AUGUCGCUGGUCCUCCCCAAAAGCCCCUUUGCAGGGCAGGUUCUGCUCCGCAGUCGCUCCCGGCAGGAGGAGGAGGAUGGGGAGGAAGAGCCUCCACAGCGGCUUGUCCCAGGCCUCCUGAACCUGGGAAACACGUGUUUCAUGAACUCCCUGCUCCAGGGCUUGUCCUCCUGCCCUUCCUUCAUCAGGUGGCUGGAGGAGUUCACAGCCCAGUACAGGACAGAGCAGAGCAAGUCCCAGGAGCACCAACACCUUUCAGUCACUUUACUGCAGCUCCUCAGAGCUCUGUCCUGCCAGGAGGUGACAGAGGAUGAUGUCCUGGAUGCCAGCUGCCUGCUGGAAGUGCUCAGGAUGAACAGGUGGCAGAUCUCCUCCUUUGAAGAGCAGGAUGCCCAUGAGCUGUUCCAUGUCCUGACCUCUUCCCUGGAGGAUGAACGGGACCGGCAGCCCCGCGUGACCCACCUGUUUGAUGUGCAGGCCCUGGAGCAACCAGAAACAACCCCAAAGCAAAUAAGCUGCAGAACAAGAGGAUCUCUUCCCCCUGUGUCAAACCACUGGAAAUCUCAGCAUCCUUUCCAUGGGAGGCUGACCAGCAACAUGGUUUGCAAACACUGUGAGCACCAGAGCCCUGUGAGGUUUGACACCUUCGACAGCCUGUCCCUGAGCAUUCCAGCAGCUGUGUGGGGCCGUCCCAUGACACUGGAUCACUGCCUCCAUCACUUCAUCUCCUCCGAGUCUGUGAAGGAUGUUGUGUGUGACAACUGCACUAAAAUCCAGGCAGAAGGAAUUCUAAAUGGACAGAGCAUAGAAAACCAGAGAACAACAUUUGUAAAGCAAUUAAAGCUAGGAAAGCUGCCCCAGUGUUUGUGUAUCCACCUGCAAAGGCUGAGCUGGUCCAACCAGGGCACUCCCCUGAAGCGACACGAACACGUCCAGUUCAAUGAGUUCCUGGUCAUGGACAUCUACAAAUACCGAGUUCCUGUGCAAAAAUCCAGCCACAAAACCCCAGAGGAGACUCCUGGAACAAAGGAUGGGACAGCAGUGAAAUCUCCAGAAGCAGAACAAACCCCUGGUACCAAACCACUCUUCAUGAAUGGUGCCUCCUCCUCCUCCUCCUCGUUUUUAAUGUCCCCAGGAACUUUUCCACUUGCUGCAUUCCCUGAGUGCAGCGCCCCGCUGUACCUGUACCGGCUGAUGGCGGUGGUGGUGCACCACGGGGACAUGCACUCGGGGCACUUCGUGACCUACCGGCGCUCGCCGAGCCCGCGGGGGGCCCUGGCGGUGCCCGGGCAGUGGCUCUGGGUGUCGGAUGACUCCGUGCGCAGGGCCAGCCUGCAGGAGGUGCUGGCGGCCAGCGCGUACCUGCUGUUCUACGAGCGCGUCCACGGCCGCGCCCCGCAGCGCGGCCCCGAGGAGUGACCGCGGGACAGCGGCUGCACAGAGGCGGGACUGCGACUCGCUCGAACUCCUCCCAGCUCCACGUGGCACCUGCUCUGCAAACCACCCCCCAUCCGAGGUUCCCCUUCCCCGGGAGUUGUGUUUUGUACCAAAAGUCGCCGCCCGAAGCCGUGCGGCCCCAAAGUGUGCGUGUGUUAGAGAAGCGUUUGUUGUGUCGGUGAUUCUUGUCAUCUCAGGCUUCCCAAGGCUGUGUCCCAUGCCCUGACAUGGCGGUUUUCCAAGGGAGAUGCUCAGUCCUCCACAUUUCACUGCAGGUGUUCCGAAGGGGGAGCCCUGGGAGGGGUUGGUGGGAAGCUGCUGUUGGCAAAGGCAAUGAUCUAAGAAACCAAGUGCCUUGAGCUUCCUUGAACAGCUGCAUUGCCACUGUCUGAGCCCACUGCAUGUCCAGUGUGUCCCGGGAAUGCCCCACCACCAUGGGAUGAACUGGUGGAAUCAAAUUUCCCUUGAUAUCCCAGCUAAUCAAUCUGUCAAGUCAGGCAUCUCCACAAACAGCCACAGUCCAAAAAUUUCCCUGUUCACAUAAUUUUCCUCACUACUUUAGUUAUUUAUACAUCAUAGAAGUCCUUCUGCUGAUUCAAAGGGCAGUUUCCUUUUCCCAGGAGGUAAUUUUUUUCUCUAUUAAGAGCUGAAAACUUAAUUUAUUGCUCCCUCUCCUUGGAAUAUAGCUGGAAUCAGCACACAGACAUGGUUGCUAGUGAUCAGUAUUAUUUCCUUCAGCACUGUUGAAUACCAUUGCUUGUAGCAUCGACUACAAUUUUAAUGCUGUGAUUUCCAAGCUGCUGGAAGUGUUCUAGACUUGCCCUUCCCAUUUUAGUGCUGGAAACUGCCAUUUCCCACCACUGGACUGGGCUUGGACUGGCUGGGAGUGGGAGCUGAGCUGAGCCCUUGUCUUUGUUAAGUGGAAUAUCAACAAUAGGAUCAGCACUGGUAGGCACUUACUGGUCUUGUGAAGCCAGUCUGGGAACACUGGUGUCACUGCACCAGCCCCAGGCUGGCCUGUAAAUAGAAGUAAGGUGAAUUCUGCUGCUCUAGACUGAUGUGCAAAAAAAUAAAAUCCCAAACAAAGCAAGGAAGGAGAAGCAGCAAAAAUUCUCCUUUAAAAUUCUCCUGCUUGUCAAUCACCAGGAAUAAAGUAUGUAGGUUAUUUUUAGCUCUUUUCUAUCCUUGUAAGCUUGGAGGAGAAAACCACUCAUCAAAGCUUUUUCAGUGUGAAACAGCAGCUUAAGUUUUCAAAUAACAACUGUCUUAAUAGUUUUUUAGGGCAACUUUGUACCUCAUGUGUUCAUAUUGCUGCCCAAAGCUCGGAGGUGUUUGGAGUUCCUCAUAGGAGGCUCCAAACCAGCCAAAGCAGGAAUGGUAAUGGAUGGAUAUGCAAAACUAUUUACACAACUCAUCAUUCCAGAGUAUGGAGCACAAUUCCUGUUCCAGGUAAUGCUCAUAGCACAUAAAUAGUGAUAAAUCCACUGCUGUACUAGUUCCUGGGAAGUCUCCCUGGCUGUGCUAGGCUAGAGUAGCUUGGUUUUAACCUGUUUUAAGUUAUAGAAAAACAACAAGAAAGCAAACAAAAAUAAUAUUGAAGGAUGCAUAAUGCCAAAAAAAUGCCCUGGCCACUGAAGUGAGAGCUGAGAGAGCUGGAGAAGGAGCCAGCCCUCCAUACUGGAAACACUGGGGUGCAGCAGGAGCUCUGUGAAGCAGUGCAGGGGAUCAUCUAAAACCAUCACACAAAACCUCUCCCUCCAGCAGAUCAGCCAUUGUACCUCAGAACUCCAACCAUUUCCACUGCCAGCAGUGUGUACCCUGCAGUAUCCAUUCUCAACACUCUGUUUAGAGGUUUUAUCUGCAUUUUGGAGUCCAGCUGAGCAGACGUUUGGUUUAGAACACAGUCAAGCUGGAGGUGGGGCAGAGGAUACGCACAGUGUGGGCUGUCUUGAAUUUGUCAGGACAGGGACAUAAAGUCACUUCUUACUGCACAGUCCAUGUAUUUUCUCUUGCAAAGAGCUGCAUUUGCCUUGGCUGUGAGUUGACUCUGGAAGCUCCCUCAAGGGCUAUCAAGGGGAGGGAUGAGUAGUCAGCAUUUGAUCCAGCUUUCUCUGUUAGGAAGGAGGAGAUGGAGCAAAUAUCAGCACCUCAGUCCUAGUCCUGAGCUGUGCAAGAUCCUCCCACAGCCCACUGUGAGCAUCAGACCUGGGCAGGGGUUUGUGAGCCAACCCUCCCCUUUGAGGUCACAGGGCUCUGUGGAGGCACGAGGCUCAAACGCUGUUACUUGUCACAAGCUGCCAUGGUAGAGAAGUUGUUAAUAAAAUGUAAAAAAAAAUUAAGACCUCCAAGAUGCCAUCUGUGUGUUUGGGUUAUCCUUGUCUCAUUUUGCGUGUUAUUUAAAAAUGUACAUUCUGGUCAAACCACUGCACUGCUGUUUGAAGUUGCAUUUUCACUUCAGGGUAUUUUUGUAACUGUACAGUAGCAAUAAAAACC